UAAGUUUUUCCCGCAAAUUUUAUUAAAAACACAAAAUUUUAUUAAAAAAUCAAAGUACGAUAAACAGCAUGAACUACUCCCGGUGCAAAAGCUCGCCGUUGGUGGAGAAGAGCUUGGAUCUGCGUCUCCGCGGCGCCCAGGCCAAAACAUAUCUCAAAUGGUGCACAAUUAACGUGGCCCUCCUGUCACUGCUGCUGUUUGACUUGUCGCAGACGUGCCCCUCGCUGCAUUGGACGUACUUCUUCGUGGCCGAGUGCUCGGUGACCACGGUGACGGCCCUCAGCGCGUUGGCCUGCCUGGCCAAGUAUUUGUGGUUAUGUUUAAGCGGCGACCAGGUUCUGGGCACAGAUGUGCAAAAGUGUCUGCUGGAUGGCUAUGAUGACAACUCUUUCAGAACCAUUUUCACACGGAAGGCGAAGAAGCCGCGUUGCUAUGAAGUGGACACCGAUUUCGAGGAUGAUACACCCAUUAUCAAUUGGCAUUCAUCGUUCGAGGACUCCUGCUGGAGCUCUCCAUCGCAGCGUCGCAGUCCCAGCAUCACAAGGACACCCCAACAGCAGCACCAGCACCAGCACAUGCAGAAUGCCUCGUACAACAGCUCGCCAAUGAUGCACAACAGUUCGCUGAAUAUCAGCAACAUCAGCGAUGACUCGCCCUAUGCCGAGCUGCGGCAGGACGACUUCCUCACCGAUGCCCGCCAGCUGCCGGCGCUGAUGAAGAAUGCCCGACGUCAGCGUAGCAUCUUGGAGAAUUCGGAUGGGCCGAGCAUGCAGCACACGAGCUCCAAUAAUUCGUUCUGGAACUGUUGCAACCAACAGUUGAACCGAUUGAGGACCAUCUAUCAGCUGGCACCGCCGCCACCGGUCUCCACCGAGAGCGCGCCCACAUCCAUUGAGGAGCUGAGCUCGUUUCAGUUCAAGGACAGCAACUCGGAGGUCAUCAAUCGCAUCUCCACGGACAAACUGUCGCAAUAUGUGGCCAACCUGCGAAAUUGGAUCUCCACCACCAUACUGCAGCGCCUGGUCAAGGAGAUCAACCAUGUGGACGAAAUGUUCCGGCAGCGUGGCCUCAACGACUUGAAGAUCGGAGCCGUGAGUCUGGAGCGGCUGCGCAAGACAGCCGAUAAUCAGCAAUUUGUGCAGACCUGUGCCCCCAUUCUGCCCAUGCUGCUGCCCUUUCUCGACACCUUCAGCAAUCAGGAGUACUUGGUGCAACGCAUCAAGGAGCUGUCGCAGGGCUCCUGCCUGGCCGAUUUCCGCUGGAACUCUGGCAACUCGCACAACGGACAGGAAUGGGGCGACCACCUGCCCACCGAUGCAGCCAUUAUUUUCCAUUUGUUUUGCGUGUAUUUGGACAGCCAACUGAUGCCCAUGCCACAGGGCGGGGGUCGGCCCUUUCACUGCCGCUAUGUGCUGAUGCGCGACGAGAAGCGCUCCACCAAGGACAUUGUGAAUGCCGUGCACAACAAGGCCCACUGUGCCAUUCUCUGCAGCAGCAACCCGCUCAAUCCCAAGUUCAAUUUCAUCAGCGACAAGGAGCUGCACAACUGCGUCUACGACAGAAACAACUUCUUCUACGUCAUCAUUCAGUUCCUCAUCUACAUGCGUCAGCAGCAGGAGUCGGCGCUCGAGGGCGUCAAUCUCGGCAAGAGUGGCAUAAAUAUUAUGUGCGUUAUUGAGAACUGAACUGAACAGAACACUCCUCUGUCUCUGUCUCCUAUUAUAUUUUGUAAGCAUCCCUACAUUUCAUGUAUACUCUUGACUCGCCUCAGACUCCUCUCUCUCGGCAUUGCUCAUAUAUUUUGUUACUAUUAAAUUAUGCAUUUGUAAUUAUUAA